CUGAAACUGAAAGCCCACGCGUUCUUCUGCCCAUACGUUAUCGUAAAUGUUUAUGUUUUAUGAUUCUCAUUACACGACAACCUUAACUCAACUCUAAACUCCUUUCUCUCUCCUCUCUCAGUUUCUUACUGAUUCAAUUUUAAUCUUUUCUCCUUUUCUUCUUCAAAAGCUUCUUAAUUUAUUUCCAAUAAACUUGAUCAUUUCCUUUUCUUUUAUUUCUUCAUUUCUUUAUCUUUACUGUAUCUUUAUCUUCUUUUAUUUUCAUUUUCUUUCUGGUUUCGAUCACUUGUUGUGGCGAUACUGGCUCUUUUUUUCUGUCGGUGUUUUACUACAGCUUUUGAAAUGUUUUUCCUUUUCUUUUUCUCCCUUGAUUGAGAUAUAGACAAAAGAAGAGUCUUUCUAAGGUAUAUAGUUUUAAGUUUUAUCUAUUAAGGGAUAGUGGAAGAGUGACAACAAAAGGCAAACAAGAAAUAAUAAUAGUAAAUGGGGGAAACAGCCCACAACCACCAGCCACCUCCACCGCAAGCUGCGGCUGCACCACCACCUCCACCUCCAUCUCUUGGAGUUUCAAGGGGUCCUACUUGGACUCCGGCUGAGCAACUCCAGCAGCUUCAGUACUGCAUCCAUUCCAAUCCUUCUUGGCCUGAGACUACUUUACUAGCUUUUCAACACUAUAUUGUGAUGCUUGGAACUAUAGUCUUGAUUGCCAGUAAUCUUGUGCCUCAAAUGGGCGGAGACCAUGGUGAUAAAGCUCGCGUGAUUCAGACACUGCUAUUUAUGGCGGGAUUGAAUACACUGAUUCAAACAUUCAUCGGAUCAAGGCUUCCGACUGUGAUGAGCGCUUCAGUUGCAUUCACCAUACCAGUGUUGUCAAUCAUAAAGGACUUGUCUGAUGAGACCUUUGCAGAUGAACAUGAUAGGUUUAUCCACACUAUGAGGACCAUUCAAGGAUCACUAAUAGUUUCUUCCUUUGUCAACAUCAUCCUCGGGUUUAGUUUCGCAUGGGGCAAUUUGACAAGGUUAUUCAGUCCCAUUGUUAUAGUACCAGUAGUUUCUGUGGUGGGUCUUGGUCUGUUCAUGAGGGGCUUCCCAAUGCUUGCUAAUUGUGUGGAGGUUGGGUUGCCUAUGCUCAUUUUAUUGGUCAUGUGCCAGUAUUUGAAGCAUCUCCAUCCAAGGACUCGCCCUGUACUUGAGAGGUUUGGCUUGCUCUUCUGUGUUGGAAUUGUAUGGGCUUUUGCUGCCAUCCUCACUGUUUCUGGUGCUUACAACAAUGUCCGACAACAAACAAAAAUUAGCUGUCGCACAGAUCGAUCUUUUCUGAUAUCAUCUGCUCCAUGGGUUAGAGUCCCAUACCCUUUUCAGUGGGGUGCUCCUAUAUUUAGAGCAAGCCAUGUCUUUGGAAUGAUGGGAGCAGCACUUGUUUCAUCUGCAGAGUCCACCGGAGCAUAUUUUGCAGCAGCAAGGCUUUCGGGUGCUACACACCCUCCAGCACAUGUCCUCACCAGAAGCAUUGGUCUGCAGGGUGUUGGAAUGCUGCUUGAAGGAAUUUUUGGUGCUGCUGUUGGCAAUACUGUAUCUGUUGAAAAUGUUGGCCUUCUUGGAAUGACAAACAUUGGUAGCCGAAGAGUAGUGCAGAUUUCAACUGCUUUCAUGAUCUUUUUCUCCAUAUUUGGGAAGUUUGGUGCCUUUUUUGCUUCUAUUCCUCUGACAAUAUUUGCUGCCAUAUACUGUGUUCUAUUUGGCAUUGUUGCUGCUAUUGGGAUUUCAUUUAUACAGUUCUCUAACAAUAACUCCAUGAGAAAUCACUACAUCUUGGGCUUGUCUUUGUUCCUUGGGAUAUCUAUUCCUCAAUAUUUUGCCAGUAACACCACCAUAGAUGGGCAUGGGCCAGUUAGAACAGAUGGUGGAUGGUUUAAUGACAUAUUGAACACAAUAUUCUCAUCACCUCCAACUGUGGCAAUGACCGUCGGAACUGUGCUUGAUAGCACGCUUGAUGCAAGGCAUACGACCAACGACAGAGGACUUCCAUGGUGGAAACCUUUCCAGCACCGGAAAGGGGAUGUUAGAACGGAGGAGUUUUACAGUCUGCCCCUCAGGAUAAACGAGUGGUUACCCUCUAGAUUUCUCUAAAUACAGUUUACCUACUUGUAUAGUGGCUAUACAACGAGCAAAUUUCAUGUUAAUAUGCAUGAUGAGGCCUUUGUAAGUUGUUGGACAAAAUUUUAACCACUAGCUAUCAGGUAAAAUAUUUGUUUUGUUCA